AGCCUCCUGUGAUAGCUGUGUCGUGGAGGAACGUAUCGGACAAGGAAGUCCCCAGUCUGAGGGCUGUGGUGGGGGGACGGGUCAGCCUACGCCCUGGGGCUAACCUAACUCUAGACUGCCCCGUCACAGGAUGCCCAGUGGUUCCAGACCACAGAGGGCCUGUCCGUUGGGACUACCAGAACCACACUCUGAAGGAGUCCACCUGGACCGGACCAGACCUUGCCCCAGGAAAGAGGCUGGGUCCUGGGCAGGAUCAGGGUCUGGGUCUUCAGUACCGUAUACUGAUGGGAGGUCGUGUUCUGGAGGUGAACACGAUGCAGGGAAGGUUCUCCGGACAAUACCGGUGCCAGACCCCCAUCCACAACAACACACAGCUGCUGUCCGCUUGGAUCCACGUCCGUGCUGAAGAGUUUGCGUGGCGUCUUGGGGACUGGACGGCGUGCAGCGCCUCGUGUGGGGACCGGGGAACGAGGACGCGGAGGGUCCGCUGUGUCACGCCAGAAGGACGUGAGGUCACACCCUCCAUGUGUCACCACCUAGACAGACCUGUCUCCUCACAGCUGGCCUGCAACCUGCAUGACUGCCCCCCCAGAAACUCCAACCAAUUCACACCAAUCUCCUGA